AAUCAAGACAAAACAAAAAAAAAACAAAUGUAUGUCGAAGAUUUUAUGAAGCUAUUGACGGAGGAUUACACUGCCAGCAUUACUCGCACCGCUCUCGAAACGCAAGCUUGUAACAAGCGACAGGUGAAUACGCGUCUACCAUCCAAAAGCGACAUACAGAAACUUCAAGUAUAUCUGAGACAAUCCGUAAAGAAGAAUUACGAGGCUUUGAAUGAGAAAUUCUCGCGAAUAGUUUGGAUAAAAUUAGCUGAAGCAACGUUGAUUUCCAUUCAGCUUUUUAAUCGACGCCGAGCGAGUGAAAUCGAACGAACAUUAAUUAACGAUUUUCAGAGUCAUCAAAAGAUUGACGAAGAUACCAUCGACGAGGCAUAUACAAAGUUUACACCGGAAGAAAAACAGGCCGCGAUAAAGUAUGUCAGAUUCACGAUUCGCGAUAAGUUGAAUCGUACUGUGCCCGUGUUAUUGCACAGAGAGCUCCUUGUAUGCUGUGAAUUAUUGCUGAAGCACAGAUCGACUGCGGGAGUGAAUAAAAGAAAUCCGUACUUGUUUGAAAUUUCUGGAACGCUUAAAGGAGAUUAUAAGUAUCUUCGCGCCUGCGAUUUUAUGCGAAAAUUUGCAGUGAAUUGUGGCGCUGAGGAUCCAGAAACGCUACGCGGGACGAUUUUCCGGAAGCACAUUGCUACGAUGUACGUAAAUUUUAAUUUGACCGACAACGAAGUAUCUGAUUUGGCGAACUUCUUGGGCCAUGCCGAAAAAAUCCAUAAGGAAGACUACCGACAACCCAUUAUAUGCAGGGAAAUUUUACAAAUGUCAAAGUUUCUGAAAGCCAUGGAAGAAAAACACGAUUCCGAUUAUUCAGACGACGAAAGCAACAAUACAGUUGAAACAGUUGCCAACAAUUCGGAAAUUAACGAAAAGCGGAAAUCGAUGAGCAUCGAAGAACAACAAACCAUCAAUGGAGUUUGGAUCGCCAUCUGCUGA